AUGGCCGGGAAAGCGGAGUCCACGUUACAGCACUUUCUGGUUCCCAUUCUUCUCCUGAUCGGCUGGAUUGUGGGCUGCAUCAUAGUGAUUUAUGUUGUCUUCUCUUAG